GCGGCGUCGGGGAAGAGGAAGCGCUAGUCGAGCCGGCCAUGGCAGAGGGGCACCCCGCGCUCCUCGCGUGCUCCCUGGCCUCGCUGCCCCUGGUGGCGCUCAACAUGCGGGUGCGCCGCCGCUUGGCGCUCUUCCUCAACGUGCCCACGCCCGUGGCGGCCGACUGGACGGCGCUGGCCGAGGAGAUGGGCUUCGAGUACCUGGAGAUCCGGCUGCUGGAGACGCGCACCGACCCCACGGGCCACCUGCUGGAGGCCUGGCAGGGCCGCCCGGGCGCCUCGGUGGGCCGCCUGCUCGAGCUGCUCGCCAAGCUGGGCCGCGACGACGUGCUGCAGGAGCUGGGGCCCAGCAUCGAGGAGGAUUGCAAAAGGUAUAUUCAGAAGCAGCAGGAGGAGGAGUCUGAGAAGCCCCUCCAGGUGCCCAAGGUGGGCAGCAGCAAUCCUCGGACACCAGAGCGUUCAGGCAUCACCACCCUGGACGACCCCCUGGGGCAAAUGCCUGAGCUUUUCGAUGCUUUCAUCUGCUACUGCCCCAACGACAUCCAGUUUGUGUAUGAGAUGAUCCAGCAGCUGGAACAGACCAACUAUCGGCUGAAGCUGUGCGUGUUCGACCGCGAUGUCCUGCCUGGCACCUGUGUUUGGUCCAUCACCAGCGAGCUCAUUGAGAAGAGGUGCCGCCGGAUGGUGGUGGUUGUCUCAGACGAUUACCUUCAAAGCAAGGAAUGUGACUUCCAGACCAAGUUUGCACUCAGCCUCUCUCCAGGCGCCCAUCAGAAGCGAUUGAUUCCCAUCAAGUACAAGCCCAUGAAGAACGAGUUCCCCAGCAUCCUGCGCUUCAUCACCAUCUGCGACUACACCAACCCCUGUACCAAGUCCUGGUUCUGGACUCGCCUUGCCAAGGCCCUGUCCCUUCCCUGAAGCUGGCCCUGGGGCCCUGGGAGUGCGGGUGUAUCUGCCUGGCGGGAUGGAGGGGCUCCUCUUGCCUCUCACCUUCCAGAGAUCUGCACCUGCUGUCCCUCUCUGGGUGCCCUGCCCUACAUCCUGCAUGCCCCGUGGCUACGAAGAGCGUGUCCACUUGCUGGUCCCAGGACAGUGAAAACAGCGCCAGCUGGGAUGAAGAAGAGGACAGUGGGACUCGGUGUCUCUGCCUGAGGACUAAGUAGGAUGAAGAGAGACUGCAAGUACUCCGUUCAGCUCGCUGUGGAAAGUGAACCUGUGACUGUUCUGAGUGAACAGUCUUGGCCAAGGGUGAGCUGGCUCAUAAACCAAGUGCUGGACAUCUCUGGCACAGGGCACUGCUGGACAGCUGCUGCCACAGUGGUACCUUAGGAUGCCUUUGCCCACCUCAUCUCCCUUUUCCCCCUGUCUGCCGGCCCAGUCAGGGGGGAGCCCACUAGGAAUGCGAUUCUCCAGUGGAUCCCACUCACACAUGCUUCUGAUUCCUCCCAGGCUCUGCCCACUGUUCAGGGAACGAGUUCCCAAGAGAUUGGCCAGAGCUUUUCACUUUCUCUUUCAGAGAUGUCUGUGGCCAUAUGUACCGGACCUAAGGUGGACUCCAGCCUCUGGCACAGCCAGCACAUUUGGCUGACCUCCUCAAGCUGCCCAUAGAAGGUUGACAGACAGUCACACAGAGAGACAGGAGUGCGGGCACACACAAACGAAAUGACUGUCUGGGAAAGGCCUCCCCGAUGCAGGGACUAGCCCAGGGUGCAAGAUGGGGCACUCUUUCCUCUCUUUACUUUCUCCUAUACUUACUGAAACUCUGGAGAGGCCCCAGUGUGCUGUAUUUAAGCAGCCAGGAAAGCAGAGGGAGGCGGGGGAGAGCUGGAACUCGAGCAAGUUAAUCACAGGCAGAGCUGUUUUCUCUCCAAAGGGGAUUUGGAUAUUACCUGCAAGUUCUCCUUGGGGGAGAAAAUGUCAUAGUUUCAGAGGUCUGUGUUCCUGAGCAGACCCCAGGACCCUAAAUCUCGCUGGAAGUGUGUGCACCGACAGUCAGGCUGGAAUGGGCAUGGACUGCCCCUGUCAGGGCCUUGGGAGGGACCCUCGCUGCUGCUUGGUUCUGAGGUACUUAGUUCUCUGAGACUGCCCUGCUGUGCUGCUGGAAAGUGUUUUUCCGAAAGUCCAAAAAUGUUUUUCACACCUGUUUUAUUUGGGUUCCUAGUACCACUGGUUGGUUAUGCCUCCCUCUGUGUCCUGAUUUUUUUUUUUUUAAAUAAAGAAUUAUCUACU